AUCUUUCAUAUUUUUCUGGGAAUAAUCCUGCCACCCGGGUAAUAGAUUUCCAUUAUAAAUAUCGGGUAUAAAGGUUCGAUUCCAAAGAGGAUUUUUUAACAGUGGUGCAAAGAUGCGUCGAGUGCUCGCCUCGAUCUUCGCCAUAUCCGCUCACAUUUUGAGAAAUGCCCUUGCCGAAAAAUUCCUCGAUAACGUUCCUCCAUUUGUCUGCGUGGACGGUUCGAAAAUACCGCUUAAAAACGUUUGUGACGGUUUUCCGCACUGCCCUGAUUCAUCGGACGAGCUGAGGAAACUGUGCCAUCACGUCGUAUGUCCUCUCUCUCUGUAUCGAUGUGCCUACGGUGCAUGUGUUCCUCGAAGCUCUCGGUGCAAUGGGAUUCAGGAUUGUACGGAUGGCAGCGAUGAAUUCCAUUGUGAGAUACCAGAAGUUUGUUCGGAACGAGAAUUCCAGUGUUCCAAUUCCACAGAAUGUAUUCCUCUGGCUGAUUUGUGCAACGGAUAUCCGGACUGCAAAGACAUCAGCGACGAGAACGAAACCGUUUGUAAGGAGUAUCCAUGUGCAAGCCACACAUACCACUGCGCUUAUGGAGGAUGCGUUCACCAGGAGGUGAUCUGCGACGGGGUCAAGGACUGCGUGGAUGGGUCUGAUGAGGAGCCAGGAAGCUGCGCGGCAAUCAACUGCAAGGGCAAGGAGUGUGAACAAUAUCAGUGCAGGAAGGACGAGUUCCAUUGCGAAAACAGUGGCCAGUGCAUCCCGGGGAAUCGAGUUUGCGAUGGGUCCUAUCAGUGCAGGGAUGGCUCCGACGAGGAUUCCUCGUUCUGCGAAUCCCGAGAGUGUCCUCCAGGUUCCUUCAGGUGCGCAUAUGGAGGAUGCAUCGACCAGGAGUUGACGUGCAACCUGGAGCCGAAUUGCCACGACUGGAGCGACGAGGACGAGGCCAUGUGUGGGAGGUCUCUUCCAGAAGGAGCUUGUCGUUUACCUUCUGCCAAACCCGGGACUCAUUACAACGUCUCGGAUUGCCCUAAAUGCAGACCUGGAGACGUGGUGCCCGAGCUCGCCCGGCUGGAUUACUUCUGCGAAUUGAAGGGCUCUUUAGAAGGGGCGGAAAGCGUUUAUUGCCACGAUAAUAAAUGGUUACCGGCUAUUCCGACGUGUCCCUCAGGCGUCGAGAGAAUUACCUGUCCCCCUGUUUUCGCUCCUGGGGCGAGGAAACGAUGCGAGGCGAUGUGGGGUCCUCAUCAGGGCUGGGUGGACUGCAAUAAAUCCGUUAGCGUUGGUACAAGAGUUACCAUGGAAUGUCCGGAUUUCUAUGAACGAGACAGUGGAUCCUCCAGGACGACGUGUCUUCACGACGGUACCUGGAGCCAGGGCCCUCUGAAAUGUAUUCCAACCUGCGGAAGAAGGGACACUCCAGCGUCAACGUUGAUAGUGAAAGGCUGGGAAACGUCCAGGGAAGAUGCUUUACCUUGGCACGCGACAUUAUUUUCCCACGAUGACGGGAAGUGGACCUUUUUUUGCGGUGGAACUCUCAUCGGCGAACGUGUCGUCCUUACGGCUGGUCAUUGCAUUUGGCAAACUGCUUCGGAAACUGUUAGAGUAUCCCUCGGUACAUACUCCAGUAAUUUCAGUCUUAAGGAUGAGAACGUACAGGUGUUCGAUCUGGAGAGGAUUGAGUUGCAAGACUCCUAUCAGGACCACGAAGGAAAUUAUGGAUCCGACCUGGCAAUCUUAAUUUUGGAAAGACCUGCUGUCCUUAAUUCCUAUGUAAGACCUGCUUGCAUCGAUUGGGCGAACACUGUGGACAUUUCUCAAAGAAGCGGAGAAGUCGGAUUAGUUAACGGAAUGGGCAUUACGGAGAAGGAUACAUCCAGUCCGACUCUGAGAGCUACGUCGUUGGAGGUAGUGUCCGACGAGAAGUGUCGAGGCAGUCAGAAAGAAGACUUUCGUAAAUACUUGACUUACACGACAUUUUGUGCUGGAUGGGGUAACGGCACCGGAGUUUGUAAUGGAGACAGCGGUGGAUCAUUUGUUCUCCGAAAGCCAAACAGCACCGUCUGGGAAGUUCAAGGCGUUGUGUCGAUUAGUCCAAGACGAGUAGAUUCUGUGUACUGCGAUCCAAAUUUUUACACUGUCUUCACAAAGGUAUCGAUGUAUACCAACUGGAUUCGGAAUAUCCUGAACAGCAUCCCAGUGAUUGGCCCUCCGGAUAACCAACAAUCACCAAACAGAGACGUCAUUUUGUAAUAAUAACUGUAGAGUCGCAAGUAAGCCUGUAAUUAAAUAAAAUUAACGCUCAGG